AUGGCUGCUGCCGUCCGCAAGAUGGCUGCUGCCGUCCGCCAGAGGGAUGCUGUCGUCAAGGAAAGCAACGCCGUCAUCCAGGAGCGUGACGCUCUCCGGAAGGCCUGGCUCAAGGAGGACCACCAGAGGCGGGUUGAAGAGGUCGAUCGCGUUUUCCAUGAAGCCGAAGCUCUGCAUAAGAGUGACGAACUCAAGAUCAAGAAUCUGGGCAAUCAGUUGGCCAUGACAAAGACCACAACCCUCGCUCUGGAAAAGCAGCUCCAUGAUCCUCAGCAGCAAGAGAAUUUGGACCUCGAGGGACAUGCUGCAACGCUUUCUGCUGAGCUCCGCCUCGCGAGGCAGGCCCUCCGCGAGGCAGAACAACUGGCAGCCAUCUUCUUGUCCAUUGUCCUUCAUCUUCGUGCCGUGCUCUGGUUCAUCGCCGAGGUAGCCCGGUUGGUUUGCGCCAGCGCCAACCCCCAGGUUCACGCACUCCGCGCGGCGCUGGCUCAGCGCACCCGCCAGAUGGAGCAGCGCCGGCAGGAGAGAGACCAAGCCGCCGUCGAGGUCAUCGAGCUGCUUGAGCAACGCGCCGACGCGCGGGGAGCGAGGAACAUCCUUGCAUGGCAGCUUCAGGAGGCCCGGGGAAGGUAUCACGAUCUCGAUGCCCUCUUCCUCUCGGUCUUGGAUCGAGCCGAACACGAGAACAGCAGCAGCCUGCCGCCGACUCCCCCCUCCAGCGAUGGCCCCAGCAUCAGCACGGUGGCCAGCCCAAGCGAUCCCUUUGCGUCUCAGGGAACCACACUGCACUCAGGCGCGUCACACGACAGACCGCUGAAGCACAUGACUCCGUAG